AUGAAGGCUGAAGCGAAACAGCCAAGAUGUCAGCCCUGGCGUCUUCCGAAAUACAAGGAUACAGUCAUCUACGCUGGGAAGAAAUCAACAACGAUUCAAAAGAUGGACGGCUUCGAGUAUUUCUGCCCAGCUUGUAAUGUUUCCUUCGCAAGUCAUUUCGAGUAUCAAAGCCAUUUGAUUCUCCGAGAACGUGCCAAGCCUUAUGAAGAAGGAUUGCGAGAAGUUGCCAAGCAAAUAAAGGAGCAAAAUGAUCGACUUUUACGAUCAGAAUCAAACACAGAAAGUUUAAAGAUAAUCAGAAGGAGCAUUUUCAAGUACAAUGUCGGUAAUUUACCGAAACGUAGAAGAGGUUUCGACAUUUCAAACUACAUGGUGCACCUUGACGAGCUGCGAGCGCGCGUUGCAACCACCGAGAAGUUAAAUUACAAGUCUGAGAAAUUCGACAACUUCAAAUUCAACACCGGACACGAUGGCACCAAGAAGGCAGUUUUUAACGCAGAAGACGCGCUCAAAGAACUAAAAGAAACCAAAGUCAAGCUUGAUUCUUUCAAAAAUGAAACGCGAGUGCGACAAAUUAUGGCGAGUCACAAAGGGGCUUCGGCUUCGAAACUUGUUCCUGAGCGAAAUCGAGUUCCCUAUGCCGACAGACCGUACCAAGAUCCGAUGAGUAGAACUUCCAUGAGCACGACCCAAAGCGAUCGAUUACUUUCACCUCUCCAUCAAAAUCGAAGGAGUGCGUAUCAAAAUCGCCCGAGUGCCCCUCGUCGGCCAGUUUUUUAA